AUGGAGCCGAUGGAAUGGCCGUUGAAAUCGUCUGCUCUUGGAAAGGUUUCGUGGAGAUUUCAGAGUGCUUUUAUUCUUGGCUUAGUUGGGCUUUCCAGUAAAAUAUUCCUGGGUAAGAUGUUGCUUUUACACGCAAAUGAUUUACGUCGCCCAUUUGGCCUGUUUGGGGCUUAAGAUUGGGUUUCCUAGUUGGAUCAUUAUUCUUAUCAAGGACGACUCAUGCUUAAUAAGCUUAAUUUUUUUCUGUUUCUCGCACUGCUGUUUCAUGAUAACCUUUAUGGCAUCUUUAUGGCAUCUUUACACACAUGGAAGCAUCGAUCGGUAGACCGAAGACUCAAGCUUCCUUUCUUUAUGUGGGGUCAAAUAUCCGGAAUAAUCAAGGUCGUGGUGUUUAUAAUUAUGGCUCAGUCAAUUCCAAGCGUGCCCAUCCCCCCCGGGUAUUUGUCAGGCAUUUGUCAUUUUGUUUUGGAAAAGCUGCAAAUGCCCCACGGUGGGGCCGGGCGUUCAUACAAACCCCCAUGGUAUGUGGGGCUUAAAAUUAGGGUGCAAAUGCCCAAAAGUGCAUUUUCCAGUAAAUAAGCUGCGAAUACCAUAUUUAUGGUAAAUCUUUAAUAAUAUGAUCAAACUCUGAAGCACACCCUAGGCAAAUCGCUCCCAGCUGCUAGUUAUAAUUAUUGCAAAAAAGAUCACAUUGAUUAAUCAUCUGAUUAAUGUACGUCAAUGACAGAACUAUAGAAUUUUAAUGAUACCUUGUCUUAUUUUUGAAGAUGUUUAAUAUAGCAAAUGAUAUAGAGAAUACUUCAUGGAAAGUGCUGGCGUAUGGUAUUUAUGCACGAGUUGUUGACGUAUCAGAAAUUGAACGAGUGAGCGCAGUGAACAAGUAAGAUUUCUGAUACAAAAACAACGAGUGAGUAAACCGUACAAAGCACUGUCCAUGUGGUAUUGUGUUUAUUAUAUACAUACUGAGAAAUUCAUAAUUUUGGCGGCCUUUUUAUUUUAAAUCUUUCAAAAAUGCUAAAAUUUGCCGCUACACAUUACAGCAAAAUGACAACGAAAAUGAAGUAUCAGCUUUUUAGUAAAAACUUUUGUUAAAAACAUAAAUGAUGGUAAGGAUAUGAGAUAAUCCAUGAACUAUAAGUAAUCUUAACCAUUUGUUCUCAAUGCACAAUUGAAAACGAGUGAAUCUGAGUAAAAUGGCCGGUUUCAAUAUAAGCUGAAGCUUAAAUGAAAGGCAAAGUAGCUCUGACAAAAAGCACAACAAAAGCUUACGUCUCGUUCUCUUUUUCCCUUUCCGCUGUUGUUUCGCUGGCUCUGUACCGUUUUCUUUAUCGACAGUGAAAUGUUUUCCACUUUUUUAGCAAGAAUAACUCUUUGAGUAAAACUUUUCUCGUUAAAUGUGUACGAAGUGGCACUGCAUUAGCUGCAAUAAAAGGCGGGAAUUUUGGCGUGAAACUCAAACACCUCUGUGGCUUCUGAUUGGAUGUAUCAUUCUUCUCACACGUGAAAAUCAUCGUUCACAAUUCUGAUUGGACGUAUCAUUUUUUCACGUGUGAAAACAAUCAUUCGCUCCUCUGAUUGGCUAGAACUAAUUUGCGUACGAAAAUUUACGACAAAGCUUUUUGGUGAGCAUUUCUCAGUAUGUAUAUAGUAAUAACAAAUGACCAACGCCCUUUGCAUGAGUAUGUUCUCAUCUUGAUGGAAACAUUGAACUGUCACAUUUAUUGUACAAUACACAAAGUUUGUAUUAGCUUUCAAAUAACUCUCAGAUUUUUUCUAGGCCUUUCUGCCUCGACAAUUCACACGCAAAAAAGUGUCUUUUCCUCUUCAAACAAUGCAUCGAUUGUUUUUCCUCCAUGUGUGAGCUGAUCACGAUGGCGGGAAGGCUGGUGUUUAACAAGAGAAAGUUUGAGCACAUUACACCCAGUAUCUUAAUUUAUCUGCACUGGCUCCCCAUCAAACAAUGCAUUGUCUUCAAAAUUUUGUUAACUACAUACAAGGCACUGAGUGAACUUGCACCUGGCCACAUUACCAACCUUCUUGACAGAUAUGUCCCAACGCGAUCUGUACGAUCCUCUGAUCAGUUGUUACUGAUUAUGGAAAGUUCCAUGUACAAACAUUGUUUCGUUUGGAGACCAUGCAUUCAGCAUUCGAGUGCCAAAGCUGUGGAAUUCUGUUCCAUUUAAAAUUAGAUCUGCUGAAAACUUAAACAAGUUUAAAUCUAAACUGAAUUAACCUAUUUAUUUUGUUGCUUAUUCAUAAUUUUCUGUGGACCUUAACAUUAUUGCACUAUUUUGUUGUUAAUAUUCUUUGUUUCUAGCUUUUAGGAUAUUUGAUCUUUAUCAGAUUUUGCAUUUCAUUCUUUUAUUAUUAUUAUUAUUAUUAUUAUUAUUAUUAUUAUUAUUAUUAUUUUUUACAGUUCCAAUACUCAGUUGUAUAGGAGCUGCUCAUAAGGUCUCUCCUGAUUGGUUGCAGAAAACAAGGACAUGUUAUUCUUUCAAUUAUUAUUAUUUCAGUAUUGUUUGGAAUCAGUGUUAGGCACAACUGGUCACUUCUUUUCUGAGCAGCUGCUACAUAACCCCCAAUAUUUGUUGUUAAACACCGUAGAGCCAUUUACAAAGCACUAUGUAAAUAAUGAAUGAUUAUUGUUAUUUUUUUAAUCACAAGAACCUCAUCCUAAAAUUUAAUAAAUUAUAUAUUUGGAGUUUCGUGAUUUAAAAGAAAAAUUUAAAAACAAAUUAGUUUUGAACAGAUAAACUUUGUUUCACACUUUUAUGCUUGAUUAAGGCUUUUGCAUCUCUUUUAGAGUGGUUUAACUCUGUGAGAAAGUACAAUUAUGACAUCUUGGAGAAAAAUGCGGAGGAAAGACCUGAUGGAGUGCCUUUGGUGACAGUUUGCAAUCAUACGUCUUGUCUUGAUGAUCCUUGCUUAUGGGGUAAGAGAAUUUUUGUUACUAAGUGUUUCAGAUCAAGUGGUGUCUCACUUAACAAAAUUAAGAUUAACCACAGGGUAUGCCUGCCCUUUAUUCACAACACCAACUGCGCGCCCUUGUUUAUUGUAGAAUACGGUAUAACUGAACACAACCAUUAUGGAAACUUUCUAGUGAAGGAAGUGACUAAACAGAAAAAGGGGCAAGUGGUGAAAAUGUACUCCAUGGGAUUUGUUCAACAUGGAAUGUAUUGUUCUGCUGAUGGAAUUACAUUUGCAGCAUACAGGGCACCUUUGAUCAAUUGUAAACAUGACAGUAAAUUUAAAUGUAAAAUUAAUGUCAAACACAAGUCUUCUGUGCUUAUAUCAUGAAUAAACAACAAUUUUCCAUUGAAGCAAGUAGAUACAGGUAAUGGAAGUUGUAUUUGAUUGUUUCUUUUACUCCAACAUUAAAUUUUAAGUUUUUAUGGCUAAAGGCUGGUUCCAGAUGGUAUUGAUCAGAGUUGUAAUUGGACUUGUAAAGAGCACUUACGACUGAAUCAAAAUCAAGAAUCAGAAUGAUAAGUACACUGUAGAGUCACAAGCUCGAUGGUUUAAGAUUUGCUAGAAUAAGAUUGUUUCCAUUUUCUUCCAACCCACUUUUGACUCUGCUGCAUAUGAUCCGUCAUGGUGAGAACUAAAAACGUUGGCUUUGGAGACCUUUGGAAGCAGAAAAUUAAGAAUACGCUUUAAUAGUACUGUCUCGCUUCCAUGCCUUGUGAUUAGUUCAGAUCAUCUUCUUCUGCUUGGGACUACUUGAUUUUUGUAGUGCUCAGCAAAAGUGGAAUAACUAAACCAAUCACAAUGCAUUGCAACAAUCUAGUUUUAACUAUACUGUGAGGACCAGAAAGGAAAGCAGAUUAAUAAAGAACAAUGUUUACUCAGAUCAUAACUCCCUGAGCUUCUGAUAAGACUACGACUCUGACGCUUGUCGCCAUUAAAAAUGAACUCACAAGAAACUCCAGAAAAAGUUCUCAUAUCAUCAUGGAUGCAUUACAUAGAAUGAAAAAAAUGUGACGUUAAAUGUCCGUACUUUUACAGACAAAGGCUCUUAUCCAAGGAGCUCAGAAUACUGAAUGACUAUUAAAAAUACUUUUUAAUCUUUUUUAUUAAUUCAGACCCAGAACAGAGCCUUCAACAUUUCAUUUUAUUUAGACACUUACGCAGAAUUUUGUUAUUUAUUUUCAAGGACUAAUGAAAAUACGGACUGUUUUAAAUACACAUAAGAAGGUCAGAUGGUGAGUGCUGUCAUAAGUGAAGACCUCUUUGUUAUGUUGAGCACUGUCAGGGUGUAAAGAAAGUCAGUUUUACAGCUUACCAUUUGGGCAAGCUGUAGCUAGCAUGUACUAGCCCAAAAGUCAUUUUAACUAGCCCGAAUUUUAAAUAUUUUUUUAUCAGCGAGAUUGAUUACAGUUCUUUUGUAAUGUUGAUUUCCUAAACAAUCUUAAUUCAUUUGCCCGUUGAGGAAGUUAUUAGGUACAGUCAUCUCCUUCUUAACCACUAACGCCGUUGGGGCUGACUUCAAGGUUUCCGUUACCAGAACUGGCCGACCAGAACAGCUCUGCUGUAAAGGGAAUUCCACUUUCAUUCAACACUAGACCUCCAGCUAAAUCAGUGGGAUCAGCCUAUUCCUAAAUAGUAGAGACUGGUGGGUUUUUAGGGAAAACUCUCCAAGUGAAACCAAGGUUAUUUUCAAAACUGUUAUUUUGGCCAGCCAGUUCUGACUUGGGUAAGUGCCUCAAAGUUUCAAAGGGGUUGCAUUGGGCUCAUAGAAAAUCAAACAAUAAUUACUGAAGAACAAAAGCAGCCAACUACAGGUGUACAUCAAGUAUAGAGAUAACUGAAACAAUGCUUCAACCCCUACUUGUCUCAAUUUGCCUUUUGGCAACUUGAAAUAAAUAAAAAUUUAUAGACAUAAAAAAAUGGUCACCAGAAAAAGAAAAGGAGCAAUAUCACAUGAAGGUCUACACCUUAAUGGUUCAUCUUUUUCAAUGGGCAUGAUUUAGAGCAUUGCAAGUCACUCAACAUUUUUGUUGUAAACAUUAUUUUACCUUGGUGGUGGUAAAUAAUGUAAAAUGUAAAUAAACGGCUUGUCAAACAUGAAAUAAAUCAUUGAUGAGGAAUACAUGUAUCUUGUGACUGGUGCAAAGUUACCGCAGGUCAUCUAUGCUACCCUAUUGACACAUUAUGCCUUUUGUCAGACAAAAUAUCUAAUUUCAUUGGAAUAAUCUACAUUGCCUGCUUUUGUUUCUCUUUACAGGACUCUCGGUGCCCAUGAACUUUUGUUUGCAACUCCAUUUCGUUGUGCUUUUUUCAGUAGAGCAAAGGUAAGUGAUGUAAUCCCUCUUACUACUCCAGGGCAUAAAACAAAUAAUAAUAUUAUUUAUUUCUCAUGUUUACAACCAGUUUCCAUUAGCCAUGUUGCAGGCAAACCAACCUUUAAUUUGCAUUUAACAAACCAUUAAAUUUUUUUGUUACUAAAAAUAAUAUAAUACAGGUAAUUAUUAUUGUUUGUUGAAAAUUUGGAUAUUAAUGCUAUAAAGUAAAUAUAAUGCAUACUUUACUUCCUUAGUGUAAACCAGCGGGCUUUUGCAGAAAGUCAAAAGUUAAUAAAAUCAUUUUGACAUUCUUUCCAGGCAAUUCCUGUUGUUAGAGGUAAGUCACUAUGAAACAAUUUUUCAUUUACACUGUAUAAAGAAGUCUUACUAAUUAAAGAACAAUAAAAUUUAAUUUUAAAAAAAUUAAGUCAUUAAUGUUAAGGAAUGUUAUGCUGUGAAACAGAUCACUUACUGUCAAGACAGGUCAAGCGUAACCCCUUGAUGAUUUGAUUAUUAUUUUGAAAAAUGAGUUAGUUUAUUUUAAUAGUUGUUCUCGUAUGACUAGUGUCAAAUUCAGGUCAGAACUCCUGUAUGUGUAAUGAGCAGUGAAUAUUUUACGAGAACUUCUCUGUAUUUGGUAAGGUUGAAAAUCUUUGAAUGGAAAUUUGUUAGAUUACACACAUCAACUGCCUCGCGGAUGAAUUCUCGGCUUAUUAUUCAUGCAAGAAUGCAAAGAUGAAUCUGAAAUCUACAACUACCAAUGGAUAUGGAAUCUUGGGAGGUACAGUAUUCUGACCUUCGCUGACCUGGUCUGACUGUAAGUGAACAUUCCAUAUUCAUUGAUUUGUUCAUGUUGACUGAGUACGAUUUUUGAACAGGGGAUGGUGUUCAUCAGAAAGGAAUGGAAGUAGCGCUUGAACGUCUUAAUCAAGGAGAAUGGAUUCAUAUCUUUCCUGAAGGUAAAAUUAAUAUAAAUUUACUAUUAGAAGAAAAAGAGAUCAUUGAAUGAACCAAUGCACAAUCAAACCAACAAACAAAUGAAUUACUAAUCGAUGUUGUAAAACUGGCUCUUUUUUAUAAUAAUAACAUAAAUUCAACAAACACUCAUAUUGUUGAUCUGGACACAAGCACACCACAAAGCCACAGUCAAUAUUAUUGCCAAUUGUGGUUGUUUUUCGUAAGCCAUAAUGGCUUUGUCCUCUGGAUACAAUAACAUUUAAGACUAGGUUAAGAGUACAGUUGUUACAUUUUACCCUCCCCUCAAUCUUCCCACUUAAACUCGAAGUACUUUUUGUUUCCCUUCAGACAAUCUCUAUAUAAUUCAGGAGUGGAUCCAGAACUGUCAAAAGGGAAGGCGGGGACACUUAACAGCUCUAUUCUAGAUACUUUUCUUUUUCUGACAGAGAUGGAAUUAAAGUACUUUUUGUUUCCCUUCAGACAAUCUCUAUAUAAUUCAGGAGUGGAUCCAGAACUGUCAAAAGGGAAGGCGGGGACACUUAACAGCUCUAUUCUAGAUACUUUUCUUUUUCUGACAGAGAUGGAAUUCUAUAAUUUUAAAAUAAUACAAAAUUUCAAAGGAACCACCCCUAAUUUUGCCCAUGCAAUUUUACCCUUGGAAAAAAAAAGUAUGAAGUCAGAAACAUUAAAUUUAUUUAUAAAAAGUAGUGUCUAUUCUUUGUCUUACAUUUAUGUCACCCAACUUCAAAUUCAGUGUCCAUUCCUGUAUAUUACUCAAGCUUUGUUGCUUUGGAUUAUUUUAGUUAAAAAAAUGCAAAUUAAUUAGCAGUUAAUUAAUUAAAUGAUCAACCAUUUAAUUUGCACUAUUUGUCAUUUUGUUGUAGUUAUUUCACUGAUAGGACUUGUGUUGAUGGUAAAAUUCUCUCUUUUAGGUGCCAUUAAUAUGAAUGAUGCCAUCAAGAGACUGAAAUGGGGUAAGUUGAUCUUAGUUUAUGCUUUGACUUAA